AUCAAAGAUCAACAUUGUUUUCUAUUUGGAUGGAUCGAAUGACAGCAAGGCCACUCACUGACACUGACCUACCAAAGCUAUCCUUGGCAUUUUGGUUAAGCUAGGCAUUAUAUCUAAUAGUCAUGAGUUUUGAGAGACAAUUAAAAUUAAUUAUUUCAUAACUUAUAAGUAAGGUAAGUUCCACUUCAUCUUUAUUUUAAAAUUAAUUUUUAUUUAUCAAACUACUUAAAAAAAAAGUAAGUAAUUACGUCUACCUAUUAAAUAUCAUCUAAACUACGUGAGGACAGGACACCCUUCCCCCCUGCUUUCAUAGAGACAAGGUUGCAAUUCAUUUAGCCAUACCUCAUGGAUGCGCCGCCACCGACCAAAUCAACGGCUGAGAAUGCAUCACCCGCACGCUUCGUGAUCGACGUCGAGGAAGCGGAGAACAUGAUGAAAGCGCAGGGGUUGUCGUCGGUGAUGGACCUUCUGCCGGUGCUGGUCCCGGCGGCGAAGAGGCUAGCAAGAGCUCCAAUCUCCGGCCAUCUCGUCGGCGCCGUUGGAUUGGGUGAGAGUGGACGGAUCUACUUUGGAGCUAACUUGGAGUUCCCCGGACUCCCGCUCCACCACUCGGUCCACGCCGAGCAGUUCCUCAUCACCAAUGCCGCAGCUCACCGAGAACGAGCCAUUCGCUGCAUCGCGGUCUCCUCCGCUCCUUGUGGUCACUGCCGCCAGUUUUUCCAGGAGAUCCGCAAUGCUUCUCAGAUCCAGAUCCUCAUCACUGGCUCCGGCUCAGAUCUCGCCUUCCGCCCUCUCUCCUACUACAUCCCGGAGCCCUUUGGCCCUUCCGAUCUCCUCCACGACGACUCUCCGUUCCUCCUUGAGCCCCAUAACAACCGAAUCGAGAUCAUCGACGACGGGCACGAGGCUCCCAAUAGGAUCCUCGGAGCGGCGGUGAACGGAGCGAGAUCAGCUCACGCGCCCUACAGUGGGUGCGCGGCGGGGUUUGCGGUGGGGGAUGGGAAGGGGAGGGUGGGAGGAGGAGGUUACAUGGAGUCCGCGGCGUACAACCCGGGGAUGGGGCCGGUGGCGGCGGCGCUGGUGGCAUACCUGAUGGCCGGAGGUGGCGCGUGGGAGGACAUCGUGGAGGCGGCGCUGGUGGAGAAGGAGAAGGCGGUGGUGCCUCAGGAGGCGACGGCGAGGGUCGUUCUCGCCGCCGUGGCUCCCAAAGCCCGCCUUCAAGUCUCUCAUUACCGCCAGGCUUAAUAGAAAUAGAUUUGAUCUGAAUGAACGGUGGAGAUUUGAUCUCGUUGAUGAUCAAUCAAUCAAUCAAUCACCUCCUUAUGAAUAAAAAGUUAGUUUUGUGAUAACACCCUUAAAAUUUUUCUAUUUUAAUAAAUGAAAUUUUUAAGGGCUUA